AUUUGCGGAACCUUUUAGGGUGUUCUUGUGACAUGUUAACCAUCAUUUUUUUUUAUUAGGUGAUGAAUUUUUGAUGAUCUCUUGCACAAAAAUCUUCAUCUAAGUAAAAAAUAAUAAUAUAGUUACUUAUCAAAGCUUCCAUUUUAUAUUAUAUAGUUCUUCAAAGUGCAUUACAUUUGAUAUAGUGAGCAUGUGAUACCAACACAGGGAAACGGCGUCUAGCAAAACAUUUGCAUCUAUGGUUGGAAAUGCGUUUUAUUUGCAGGAUCGAUUAGCAGCCAUCAUAAUUUUUCAGGUUCUAGUCAUCCCCUGCUCCUUGUUGAGCUUUUCCGCAAAUCUCCCUGUAUCUUCCUCUUCUUCUUCUUCCGCUGCUACCAACAAUUCCUACAAUGUGAUAAGUUAUGGAGCGGUUGGCGACGGAACAACCGAUGACUCCAAAGUAUUUAUCUGUCCUGCAUUGCCACAUUAUCUUCACUACCUGCACUUCUUAAAUGUUGUCGGUUUUAUCUUCACUUGUCCUGCAUUUCCACAUUGUCUUGGCAGGCUUUUAUGAAGGCAUGGAAGGCCUGUUGCGAGGAUGAAACACAUAAUUCUGCUCUUGUAAUUCCACAAAAUCGGACAUUCCUGUUAAAGCCGCUCCAAUUUAGCGGCCCCUGCAAGUCUUCCAACAUCCAUUUCAAGUUGGCAGGCAAAAUAGUAGCACCAAACAAGAAACAAGACUGGAUUGGAUCCCACAUAAACGCAUGGCUCACCUUUUCCUACGUCAAUGGGCUUGUCAUCACUGGAGAUGGUCAGAUUGACGGUCAAGGUUCUGCUUGGUGGUCUCACCCUUGUCUUAAUCAUCUGCACCCUAGCAAUCUUCCAGGUAUUAGAUUCUCAAGUUACCAGAAUUACCAAAUUACACGACAGGCACUGGUAUUCUAUAGAUGCAACGGUCUUCUACUGAGUGGUAUAACGCAUAGGAACAGCCCACGAGUUCAUAUAAUACUAUCAAAUUGCUAUGAUGCCGUUAUAUCUAACCUUCGGAUAACAGCCCCUGCAACAAGCCCCAACACCGAUGGUAUCAAUGUCUCUGGCUCAAGGAAUGUGACCGUCAAGGACACUUACAUCGGGACUGGUGAUGACUGCAUUGCUGUGAGCGGAGGAUCAUCCUUCGUCAAUAUCUCAGGAAUAUCCUGCGGACCAGGUCAUGGAAUCAGCAUUGGGGCCUUGGGGAAAGGAGGAAGAGAUCAGGCGGAAGAAAUCCAUGUGAAGAAUUGUACUUUAAGAGGAACCAUGACUGGAGUAAGAAUCAAGUCCUGGCAGGGGGGGACUGGAUAUGCAAGGAAGAUCUCAUUUGAGAAGAUAAAGUUAAUAGACGUUAAUAACCCUGUUAUCAUCGAUCAAUUCUACUGUCCAAGACAAAUAAAUUGCCAAAACAGCACAUCAGCUGUGGAGUUGAGUGACAUACGUUAUACAAGUAUAUCCGGGACAUCAGGAACAGAUCAAGUGAUUAACCUGAGUUGCAGCAGAAGCCAUGGGUGCACCAACAUCAGCAUCGAACGAGUUUAUAUAAAAUCAACAACUCCAGGGAAGAGGGUUUAUGCCAAAUGCAUCAAUGCUCACGGAACUUGGUCUCAUACAGUACCUGAUGUCAAAUGCCUUUUGCCAUGAAUGAUAGUCUGUCCCUGCACUAACCAGCACGAACA